AAACUCUCAAAAUGGAGUUAAGCGGAGAAGUCCUCAGUCAUCUUUUGAAAAACAGGAAAAAAAUUCUUGGCAGCGGAACAUAUGGACUUGUAGUACUAAUCGAGUUCCAAGGAAUGGAAGCAGCGCUUAAGGUAGCCAAGUCCGCUAAAGCAACUAAAAGCUUCACACGCGAGGCAAAAAUUUUGGAAUCACUGAAGGGCGCAGGCGGCGCCCCUCUGCUGCUGGGGGUGUCAACUGAGCCCCAAGCACUGCUCACCACUUAUAAAGGAAACUGUACCCUGGAAAACCUAUUGAAAAAUCCCCUUUACAAUUUAAUCACAGUCGGACUAGAGGUCGGGAGAAAAAUUCAAGAGAUUCACGCGAUGGGAAUUAUUCAUAAUGAUAUCAAAGUAAAUAAUGUUAUGAUCCAGGGAUCACCUAACGACCCAAAAGUCAGCAUUAUUGACUACGGACUGGCAUGUAAGGACGGGGAUAAUAUGCUAAUGGCAGGUGACCCAUCCGUAUACAAAACAUACGCACCAGAAUUUCUCCGCCGACAACCAAGUACCCAAAUCAGCGAUGUGUUCUCAUACGGGCGACUCAUGCAAGAACUUCUCCAAAAUUUUCACACCCGAUACCCUCCUUUGGAUUAUUUGUUCAUGAGAGCAACUCAUCCAAACCCAGUGUGUCGCCCGACCCUUCCAGACAUACUUCAACGUUUACAGGAUUUCGUCGUCAGCAACGCCCUGAACCAGGUCCAGCCCCACAACGAAGCAAGCAAAAGGCUGACUGACACGGACCAGCCCUGCAGCGGACCCAACAAAAAGGUGGCUGUCGGAGGCCCAGGACAGCGCCUCCCAAGACAGAACAAAAGGCUCGCCGACAAAGAUCGCUUCAAGUGGAUGCGACUAGCGCCUCCACUCAUCCAACAAACCCGAAAGUGA